AUGACAUUAAAAAAUAUGAAAUCUUACCUAAAUCUAGUCUUAUGCUACCCUCAAAUUCCUCAAAAUACAGGAUGUAUUGCACGAACAUGUGCAGCCACUUUUACAAAUUUGCAUUUAAUUGAGCCCUUAGGAUUUGAGCUUACUGAAUCACGGUUAAAAAGAGCUGGAGUUGAUUAUUGGCCUUACGUUUCCCUGACUAAGCACACAGGCUGGUCUGAAUUUUUAAAACACAAAAAAAAUCUACCUGGACGACUUCUUGCAUUUAGUCCUCGUGGAUUGUCAAAUUAUUUAGAAUUUCAAUAUGAACCUAAUGAUUGGAUUAUACAUGGACGAGAAUCUGAUGGACUUCCUAAUGAAAUAAUGGCAGAUUGUGAUCAUAUUUUGUAUAUUCCUAUGUUUUCACCUGAUAUUCGAAGCUUAAACUUAUCAGUAUCAGCAUCUCUAAGUCUAUAUGAAGGUAUAAGAGCUCUAAACUACUGCCAAAAUCUGACUAGACCUUCAUAA